GGGAGGGAAGAGGCGGAACGUCGCCUCUCAGGACCAGCCUGUGAAGCCCACGCCGAAGAUCUUCAACACCCAGAUGCAUCGGCGGCUCACACUCAUCGGCUCCAAGAUCUUGCCCCUCUCCCACCCACCGCCCUGUCUGCCACAGCAGUCGGCCGCCUUCUCACUGGGCAUUUGGCCUUCCAGGCGGACGUCAUCCAAGGAAACAGAGGCAGCCAAGAGCAACCCAGCAGCGACGGCAGCUGCGGGAGGGGCGGACAAGAAGGAUGACAAGACGACUGCCAAGGCCCAACCGGCAGCACCAGCAGCAGCAGCCCCUGCUGCAGAGGCCAAGAAAGCGGAGGUCGACAAAGUAAAGGUCAGCCCAACCACUGCACACCAGGCGUCGUAACAAGCCUCCAUGUGUCCGUGUGUUGUGUGGGUAUGCCAUUGACGAUGCAGGCUGCUCCCCCUCCCCCUCCCCGGCCCUCUGCAGCAGCCCCAGCCAAAGGGCCGACGCCCAAGCCAGCACCAGUGGUGCGCCGCGAGCCGGGGCCAUUCGCCCGGCUGAGGUCGUUCCUGUCGGGUGUGAUAGUGUCGAGUGCUGUCGGGUUUUACGUGUUUUACUUCCACAUGUGGGAUGCCAACCUGGAGCUGUCGGUGCUGGUCAAGGAUGUGGCCAAGAGGCAGGCGCUCAUCGAGAAGAGGCUCACCGAACUGGAAAAGGCCGACUGACUGACUGAGAGAGGAGGGAAACGGGGAGCAGCGAGGCGGCUUAGGUUUUGACUGUUUAAUCUCUUCUUUUCCCUUCUUUACUUUCUGCUCCCAUACACACACGCGGCGGGAGAAAGAUCGAUGGAGAAGAGGCCAGUGCUGCAUGCGCCAUGGUGGUGAUGUCUUGUGUGGUUGUGUGGCGUCUAUGUUUUUUCGUGCGAGGCAUUGGGGAUGAUGCCCUCUUGACGGCCCUUCCCUCCCUCCCUCUAUCCAUUUCUUCUGAGGGCGCGGCGGUCUCACAUUACUUCUGGUUUUCCUCUGCCAGCCACACAUUGAUUAGACUUUGGUGUGGCGUUGGGUGCGGGAGUGCGUGUGGCUGUCAUGUCAUGUGAUGUCAUGUGUGUGCACUGAUGUGUGCUGUGCACAGAGAUCGACCAUGUGUUGCGAGCCGAGUCGAGUCGAGAAGUGAGAGGGAGGCAGCAGACAUUUGUUUGUGUGCGUGGCACAGGCGGGCCGAGACGAGCAAUGUGUGUGGUUUGAAUCGUGGCAUCACAAAUCUCAAGUAUGUCACAUAACG